UAGUUACAGCAAUAACAUCAAGUCAUUUAUCGGAUAUUAAGUGCCUAAUUUAUAAUUCCAUUCAAAAUAUGUAUUUCCAUAAAAAAUAAAAGGCGACAUGAUAAAAAACGAUAACUUUGAACAGACUAGUCAUAUAUAUUACCUGUUUGCGUAGUUUAGCUUUGUUUUAAUCAUGCAUGAGGCUUACGAAGUAUCUCAUUUACUUAAUGCUACAGUUCAAAUAGAAGCAAUAGCUGCUUAUGAUGGAAAUCUCUUUUUGGGAACAAGGCAAGGGCAUUUGCUUUUGUACUCCUUGACAUCAAACAAUGGUAAUCAGAAAUAUGAAUUACAACUGCGCAGAUAUUGCAAAAACUUCAGCAAAAAACCUAUUCAACAAAUUGAAGUUGUACCAGAGGAUAAUUUACUACUUUGCCUUACCGACAAUGUUCUGUCCUCCUAUGAUAUAAAUGGAUUCAACUUUCCAUUAAUCAAGACAUUUUCUGAAACUAAAGGAGCUUCAAUUUUCGCAUUAGACAAUAAGUCUGCUACAUCAAUGACUGGUGAAUCAAAUUCUGUGGUUCAUCUUUGUGUAGCAGUAAGAAGAAAGUUGCAAUUAUAUUAUGGAAAAAAUGGAGAAUUUAAGAAGCACCUUUUUGAUUUUACCAUUCCUGAUGUCCCUAAAGUAAUGGCUUGGGGUCAACAAUACUUAUGUGUCGGGUUUAAGGGCGAGUACACUUUGUUUGAUUUGUCUUCACGAGAUCCAAAGGAAUUAUUUCCUACAAGCAGUUCAAAAUCAUUAGAACCAACAAUAGCAAAAUAUUCAGAAACAUCUUUUUUGCUUGGCCGUGACAACACAUCAGUGCUUGUAGAGGAAGCUCAGGAAAUUGAGAUUAAGAAAACUAUUAAAUGGAAAGAAGCUCCAAUAGCUGUUGUAUGGGAUGAGCCGUUUGUACUUGGCUUGAUGCAAGAUCAGGUUGUUGUCCAAACAGUUGAGCCUGCAUUGUUUAUACAAACAUUACCGGAUUUGAAUAAAGCAAGACUGAUGUAUAGAUGUAAGCGUGGUUUGAUAUUUGUGUCAUCAGUGGGGCAAGUGUGGUGCUUGAGUUCUGUUGAUGUUAUCAAACAAAGGCAGCAAUUGUUGAAGGACAAACAAUUUCAAAUAGCAAUUGAUUUAACGAAUUUAUCAGAAUGUUCCGCAGAAGAAAAGAAGCAAACAAUACAUUCCAUUCAGAUGCUCUUUGCUCUCGAGCUGUUUGAUAUAAAGCAGUACUCGCAAUCUAUGAAGGAGUUUAUAAAAUUAAACACCGAUCCAGCUGACGUUAUUAAAUUAUUUCCCGACCUUGAUAACAAACCGGGUUCUGAUAACACUAAGAAACUGAAAGGGAAAGAUCUAGAAAAUGCUUUGAAUGCCCUGAUUGAGUAUUUAGUGGAAUUAAGAUCGAAACUCGGAAAAAGUUCGAAGGAUGCAAGCGGUAGUAAAGAGGAACCAGCAAUUCAAAGAAACGUAACUCAACAGCUAGAGUUGAUUGAUACGACGCUGUUGAAGUGCUACUUACAGACAAACGAUGCGUUCGUAGCUCCUCUUUUACGUCUGAACAACUGUCGUUUAGAAGAAGCUGAACGCACGUUGCUGCAGCAUGGCAAGCACAGCGAGCUCAUCAUACUGUAUCAGACUAAAGGACAACACACGAAAGCGCUACAGCUGCUAAGAGAGCAGGCUAAACAGCCAGACUCCAGCUUGAAAGGUUAUCAUAGAACUAAGAAUUAUUUACAGCAUUUGGGUGGUGAUCACAUCAAUUUAAUAUUCAAGUUCUCUGAUUGGAUAUUAGAAGAACAUCCAGAGGAAGGCCUAAAAAUAUUUACGGAAGAUAUAGUUGAAGUGGAAAAUUUACCGCGUGCUAAAGUGCUAGACUUCCUUUUAAGAGAACACGACCCUCUAGUCAUUCCAUACUUAGAACAUGUUAUACACACCUGGAACGAUACUAAUCCCCUGUUCCAUGAUGCUCUUAUUAGUAUGUACAGGGAGAAAAUCACAGAUAAAAAAGCGAAUUCGACAGAAGAGGAGUUACAACAUAUAAAAUCUAAACUGGUGGCAUUCUUGGAAAAAUCAUCACAAUAUACCCCCGAAAGGGUUAUAUUGCAUUUUCCAAACGAUACGUUGUUCGAAGAAAGGGCUAUUAUUUUGGGGAAACUGGGGAGACAUGAACAAGCUUUGGCCAUUUAUGUGCAAAUUCUUGGUGACGUGGAAAGAGCAAUUCGAUACUGCGAAACUAUUGGCGAGAAGUCGAACGACAAAAAUGUCGAUGUCUAUGUUAUUUUAAUGCGGAUACUGAUGAACCCCGAACAGUGUACUUCGUUGAUUGGACCAUUGUCCAAUGUACAAAGACACCCGAAGUCGUCCGUGCCAGAUCUGGAGACUGCACUUACUAUAUUAGAGAAACAUGCGGAUAAAAUAUCGCCGAUAAAGGCGCUGUCGGUGUUGCCGGACGGGGUGCCGCUGGCGCGCCUGGAGCGCUUCCUGUCGGCCGCGCUGCAGCGACAGCUCACGCUCAAGCGCCGCACGCAGCUGCUCAAGGGCCUGCUGUACGCUGAGCAUUUGCAGGUUCAAGAACUAAAGCAAUUCCACGAAUCAAAAAGCAUAGUGAUAAAUGAUUACAACGUAUGUCCUGUUUGCAAGAAGCGCUUCGGAAACCAAAGCGCUUUUGUGCGAUAUCCCAACGGAGACAUCGUUCAUUACUCCUGUAGAGUUGAUAAGUAGCUCUGGAUAUUAUAAA